AUGUCAAGAGCAAUUGUUAUAGGUAAUCUAUCUAUCUAUCUAUCUAUCUAUCAUCUAUUCGAAUCAAUUCAUUCAUACUUAUUUACAUUUAUUGUAGGAGGAACAGGAGCAACUGGUAAAGAAUUGAUUAAAGAAUUAAUCAAAUCAUCAAAGAUAUCACAUAUUACAUCAUUGGUUAGAAGAAAAGAUGAAUCUGUUGAAAGUGAUAAACUCGAUCAGGUGGUCAUUGAUUUUGAAAGAAUGAGUGAUCAUCAAGAUUCAUUCAAAGGUAAUAAUGUUGCUUUUUGUUGUCUUGGUACAACUAGAAAACAAGCUGGUUCUGCUGAAAACUUUGAACAUAUAGAAUUAGGAUAUUCAUCAGAAUUUAGUAAAUUGGCAAAACAAGAAAAUGUAGAUUCAAUGCAUUUACUUACAUCUGGUGGUGCCAAUGCAAAUAGUUGGUUUUUGUAUAUGAGAGUAAAAGGACAAAUUGAAGAAGCAAUGAAAAAGGAUCAAUUCAAUCACCUAUCUGUCUAUCGUCCAGGAAUGUUGGAUCGUGGUCAAUCUGAUCGUAUGGUUGAAAAGAUUUUAGUUCAUAUUUUACCAACGAUUCAUGUCAAUGUAGUUGCAAAAGGAAUGUUGAAAAAUUAUUUAAAUCAAUUAGAUAAUCCUCCAACACCAAUCCCUUCAUUUAAUAUUAUUGGUCAUCGUGAUUUAUUUAAUCUUGCCAAACAACUUUAA